AUGGGUCACUCUCAGGAGCUCAGUGAAUUCCAGCGUGGUACCGUGAUAGGUUACCACCUGUGCAAUAAGUCCAUCCGGGAAAUUUCCUUUCUACUAAAUAGUCCAUGAUUAACUGUUAGUGGUAUUAUAACAAAGUGGAAGCAACAGCAACUCAGCCACAAAGUGAGCAUGAUGAAGCGCACAGUGCACAGAAGUCACCAACUGUUUGCAGAGUCAAUAGCUAAAGACCUCCAAACUUGGUGUGGUCUUCAGAUUAGCAUAACAACCAUGCAUAGAGAGCUUCAU